UAUAAAGAUUACACUGCGAUUUUCUUUCCAUAUACUACUGAGAAACGAAUGCUCUGCCAAGCAUUGGAUCUUUCAUAAACCUUACCGGCGUGCCUGCAGUUUCGUUGAAGGCAACAAGAUCUGACCGAGGAAAAAACGAACAGGAAGGACGAUAUCGAAGGCCUUGUCAUCAUCUGUCAUUGAAAUCCUACAUCCUCCAACUCACAGCGACCCAUUCCCCUGAAGCACCAGCUCACAAUCACUCAACAUGUCGUCCAAACUCAUGAACAUGAAGUUCAUGCAACGGGCCUCCGAAAACGCCGUCCGUGAAGAAGAAAAGAAAGUGCAAAAACGAAAAGUCGACGAGCAAUCAUGGCGACUAUCAUUCAAAGACCAACCCCCACAACCACCAAAGCUGAACGUCAAGUUCGAGGCGAGUUAUAGCGCAUUUGAUAGACCAAGUGGACGGACAUCCUAUGGAGGAGCCACGCCGGUGAAUGGAAGUGGAGAAAAGCCCCCGAUCGGACGGAUGAGUUUCGGGAACUUUAACCUAGACGUCGAGAAACUCCAUAACCCAAACGCAGGCCGCGGAUCAGGCGAAAUCAGCGAAGACCCCGAAGAUCAGUCAGAAGACGCCAUCGCACAGCGAAAACGAGACGAGUACGAGCGUGAGAAAAAGAUAUUGAGGGAUAUGAGUAAGAUGUCGAGUAUUAGUGGGAGUGGGUCGAGUAAGCAGGGCACGGCGGGGAAGAAGAGGAGGAGGGAGGAGGUUGAUACACCGAAGAAGAGGAGUGAGUGAGGUUUGGAUUGGGGAAUGUGGACACGGACAUGGGCGAUAUACCCUGGCGAGAACACGGCCACCACGACGUCGACCGGUUGAGAGCAGACGCUGUUGUCAACUUCUGUGCCGGUCGGGGAUAGUUUGAGCUCUAACGAAGUGCGCGUUUGGAAUGUCGUCAUGAAAGGAGGAAGAGGUGGUUGGCGUUCCUGUUCCAGAAUAUCCAUUUGCACUGCAAACGAGUCUGUCCAUCAC